AUGACAAACACAAUCCCAAUUGUUCUUGUUUUUGUCUCAGUAUUCUGCGUGGUAGUUUGUGAUUUCUUGUGUAAUUGUUACUGUCCGACCAUCAAUACGUAUGCUGGUUGCGGGACUGUCGGGGCACCGACAACAGUUUGUAAUGGUACAAUUUGUGCCGUUGCCUGUCAUAAUACUUUUCCUGCCUGUGCUUCUAAUGCAUGGGGACAGUGUCGAUAUACUCCCUGUGGCAAUGGUAAUGGUUUAAAGAUAUCAUCUACUACCUCGAUCAUCGGAUUUAUUAUGAUCAUCGUUCAUAAAUAUUUUUAA